UUGCGUUAUGGUCUAUGGCUUGAUUAUAAACAAAUUUGAAUUAUUUUUUUUGGAUUUGCCGAUCACAAAUUAUAAAUUCACAUGCAUAAUUUUAUCGAUGUUCAAGGUGAUUGAUUCAUUAUACAUUGAGAAAAAUGAGAACAAAAUAAUUCGGUAAUAAAUACCGACUGAGUGGAAAUGCCUCGCCUUUAAUUGAGAAAAAUUAGAAUUCAGAGUAGCAGACCAUAAGCAAUGGCAGCACCAAAUUUCAUACACCCCGGUUCCCGCCUGGGCGGCGUUUCGUUGCAGGGCAAUUGACGUCUACUGUCUACAGUGUUUACUGCUUCGUCAACCAGUACCGAACGCAUGCGGCUUAUGAAAAGCACGUGGACGGUGGUACAACUAUAGUAAACAAAUCGCUGCAUUGGAAUAUUUUGAAUACCCUACGACAGAUACUUUUUCACCAUGUCUGACUUGCAAGAACAAUCAGUUGAUGAUAGAUCUUUCUCAUCAUUCAAAGAUAAAGUUUGUGAGCGUUCUUUAAAAGGAAUUGCCGAAAUGGGUUUUACACAAAUGACUGCCAUUCAAGCCAAGGCUAUCCCUCCAUUAUUAGAAGGACGUGAUUUAGUAGGAAAUGCUCAAACAGGUUCAGGAAAAACUUUAGCUUUUCUCAUUCCAGCUGUAGAAUUAAUUUAUAAACUUGAAUUUAAACCUCGUAAUGGUACUGGAUGUAUAAUCAUUUCACCUACUCGAGAAUUGUCAAUGCAAACUUAUGAAGUAUUAAAGGGAUUGACAAAAUACCAUAAUCAUACUUGUUAUCUUGUAAUGGGUGGCGGAGAUUUUAAACUUGAAGCUGAUAAGUUGAAAAAAGGUGUGAAUAUAGUUGUUGCAACACCUGGUCGUUUACUUCAACAUUUACAAGAAACCACAGAUUUUUUGUUCAAAAAUCUCCAGUGUUUAAUUAUUGAUGAAGCAGAUAGAAUUUUAGAUAUUGGAUUUGAAGAAGAAUUAAAACAAAUCAUCAGAAUUCUUCCAAAAAAAAGACAAACAAUGUUAUUCAGUGCUACCCAAAAUGAAAAAACAGUAGCUUUGGAAGCACUUGCAUUAAAAAAAUCACCAAUUUAUGUUGGUGUAGAUGAUCAUAAAAAUGAAGCAACAGUCAAAGGUCUCAAACAAGGAUAUCUUGAAUGCCCUAGUGAAAAAAGAUUUUGGAUGUUAUUCUCAUUCUUGAAAACAAAACUUGAGAAUAAAGUAAUGGUAUUUUUUAGUUCAUGUACAUCUGUAGAGUUUCAUUACAAACUUUUCAACUACAUAGAUUUACCAGUUAUGGGCUGGCACGCAAACCAAAAACAAAAUAAACGUACAGCAACAUUUAACAAAUUUCGUAAGGCAUCAUCUGGCAUUUUGCUGUGUACAGAUGUUGCAGCAAGAGGAUGCGACAUUCCAAAUGUUGAUUGGAUUGUUCAAUACGAUCCUCCACAGGAUCCAAAAGAAUAUAUUCAUAGAGUGGGCAGAACCGCUCGAGGCGAAGGCAGCAGUGGUAACGCAAUUUUGAUUCUUCGGCCUGAAGAGUUGGGAUUUUUAAAAUAUUUAAAACGUGCUAAAAUUCCGAUAAAUGAAUUUGAAUUUAAGAAGAUUGAUAGGAUAAAACCUGAAAAACAAAUUCUAUUGGAGAAAGUGAUUUCAAGAAAUGACUACUUUAGACCUAUGGCUGUACAAGCUUUCCACUCAUACAUACGAUCCUACGAGUCACAUCGCUUGAAAAAUGUAUUUGACAGAAAAAAUUUGGAUUUAGAUAAAGUAACGAAAUCAUUUGGAUUGACAAAACCACCAGCAUCCGAUCUUGGAAAUAAUAAUUCCCGACCUAGUAAUAACUUUAACGAAUUUCGUAAGUUGACAAAUAAAAACAGGUUGUCAUCGUGAUAAGUCAUUUAUUUUUGAUAU